AGCGAGCAGUUGGCGCCGUCGCCACGAAGCUACGCGGACUGUUUCGAAAGUCGUUGGCUCGGCUUCGUAUACAAACGAACGUAUUGCAGGAGCGACCGGGUGUCGAUCGGAGUUUAUGUGCGUAACGCCGUCGAUGAGCGGGGCUCGGGCGACGAGGAUGCGUCGCCGCACCUGAGCGACGCCGAUACCGAGAGACGCGCGAAACAAGCGGUAUCUGCGCUACGUAGACCGAGCCUAGGCACUAGGAAGCAAGGAUGCGUGCUACGCUGCAGGUCGUCGCAGUGCUGGCGACGCUGUUGACGAGGAGCGGCGGCGGCUACGGAGCGCCUCAGGAGCGCUCGUCCGUGGACGAUCCCGUGGGAGCGUCGUCGCCCCGGGAGGCCUACUUCGAUGGCUCGGCUCACCUACGGCUGAGGUCCUUCGUCUCGGUUCAUCGACACAGCGGCCUGAGCUUCCGCGCCUGCGAGCCCGGCCGACUCUUCGAGCAGCGCCUCGAGCCGUCCGAGUCCGUGAGCCUGCAGGUCGACCACGAGGGCCUCCUCUUCGUGGCACGAUUGCAGCAGCGUCGGCUCGAGGCGAGGCUCAACAGCCGACUCCUCGACAACGCCUGGCACAACGUCAAUCUCUUCUUCAGAUUGGGCAACCUCACGCUUAGCGCCGCUGGACACUCCCAGGUGGUGGCCAACGCAACGUUCAACCCGGAGAUCCUCGCACUGCCCGAUCACAAUGCCAACGUCACCCUCAUCGUCGGCGAGGGCUUUCGGGGCUGCAUUCUCCAGGGUCCUGGCAUCCUCUUCAACGACAGCGUCAACAGCAACGCCAUCUUCGGACCGUGUCCCCUCGACACGAAAGGAUGUGGAGGGAGCGGCGCGGCCCAGUCGAUGACCCAGCCGGCGACCGCCCAGGCGACCUCGACCACGGACUUCUGUCAGCACUCGCCCUGCAUGAUGCGCGGCAAGUGCGUGUCCAGGCAGGACCGCUACGAGUGCCACUGUUACGCCCGAUACUCCGGCAACAACUGCCAGAUCGAUCAUGGUUCCGCGUGCCUGAGCAACCCCUGUCGUAACGGGGGCACCUGCGCCGAGGAUCAGCACGGGGACUUUGGCUGCCAAUGCGCCCCGGGCUUCGUCGGCCAGCGUUGCGAGUCCGCCGCGGGUGCGCGCCUCUGCGAGACGAGCGACCCCUGCCGUAACGACGCCGCCUGCGUCGAGCUCCCCGAGGGCGACUACAGGUGUGACUGCAGGCCCGGCUGGUCCGGCAGGUACUGCGAGAUCGACGUCGACGAGUGCGCCUCUCAUCCCUGCAAGAACAAGGGCAACUGUACGGACACCGUCAACGGCUACACCUGCAACUGCGACCGCACCGGGUACAAGGGUUCCAACUGCGAGGUGGACAUCGACGAGUGCGGUGAUAAUCCCUGUCUCAACGAGGGCACUUGCUACAACAUCUACGGCGGCUACGUGUGCGUCUGUCCCCGGGGCUUCGAGGGCCAGAACUGCGAGCUAAACAUCAACGAGUGCCUGGCGCGUCCCUGCCGUAACGGGGCCCACUGCCUCGACGAAGUUGGCGGAUACCGGUGCAACUGCACGGGCACCGGCUUCGUCGGCGAGCACUGCGACCAAUCAUCCCGGGGACCUGGCUGCGAGGGCCUCGUCUGCCCGCCAAACAGCUUCUGCCUGAAGGACGCCCACGGGCCCCAGUGCAUCUGCAAGCUCGGCUACCUCGGCGAGCCGCCAAAUUGCACGAUCAACCAUUGCGCGAGUGGACCCUGCGCCAACGGCGCCACCUGCAACAACCUCAGAGACAGGUUCGAGUGUCUCUGCUCGCCCGAGUGGAAAGGGCCGACGUGUCAGUCGUCCUUGCUGAGCUGGUGCCCGACUUGCUACAACGGGGGCAACUGCGUCGAAACGUCGCGCGGCGCCGCCUGUCAGUGUCCGCGCUUCUGGACCGGUCACCAGUGCAAGGAGCCCGUGACCUGCAGCACCCAUAGACCCUGCAAACGAGCCACCGAGUGUCGUGAUUACUCGGUGGGCUACUACUGUGUGUGCGAGCCAGGCUGGACGGGCCCCGAUUGCUCCGUCGACGUCGACGAGUGUAGCAGCGACCCCUGCCGCAACGCCGGCGUCUGCAUUGACCAGCUGAAUGGUUACUACUGCCAGUGCCUGUCCGGUUUCACCGGUAAGAACUGCCAGAUAAACGUGGACGAGUGCCAGUCGCAGCCGUGCCUGAAUGGCGGCACGUGCGUCGACCGGGCGAACGGCUACUCGUGCAACUGCACCCGGGACUUUAUCGGGGAGAACUGCGAGCGGGAGUACGACGCCUGCGCGGCGAAACCCUGCGCCAACAACGGGAGCUGCGUCCUCGGUACCAAGUCGCGGCGCGACUUCGCCUGCGAAUGCACCCUCGGCUUCGAGGGCAAGCUCUGCGAGGUGAACAUCGACGAGUGCGCGGGCGUCGCCUGCCCCGAGGGACGAGUCUGCGUGGACGGUGUCGCGGGCUACGAGUGCAGGUGCAGGGAUGGCUACAGGGAGCCCAACUGUACCCUCGCCAUCCACCCCUGCGUCAACAAACCCUGCGGCAAUCGCACCUGCAUACAACUGCCCGACGACGGCUACAGAUGCGAGUGCCCGGCCGGCUACACCGGUUCGAACUGCGACGAAGACGUGGACGAGUGCAAGGUCGCUGGCAGCUCGCUCUGUAACAAAGGCAUCUGCGUGAAUAGCCUUGGCAGCUACGACUGCUUUUGCAGGCCCGGUUUCUCCGGCGAUCACUGCGACUUCGACAUCAACGAGUGUCUCUGCGGCCCUUGCAAGAAUAACGCCACCUGCAUCGACAAGAUCAACACGUUCGAGUGCCAGUGCCCGCCAGGUUACGCGGGCAAGACCUGCGACCAGGACGUCGACGAGUGCGAGAACUCACCGUGCAAGAACGGUGCGACCUGUGUCGACGAGAUCGCAAGGUAUACGUGCGUGUGCUCGCCCGGAUUCACCGGCCUCGACUGCGAGACGAACGUCGACGACUGCGAGUCCCAGCCCUGCCAGAACAAGGGCAAGUGCAUCGACGAGGUCAACGCGUACGCGUGCGACUGCUCGGACACGGGCUUCGAGGGCGACCACUGCGAGACCAACAUCGACGACUGUCUCUCGGAUCCCUGCGUCAACGGGGCUGAGUGUCUCGAUGAGAUUAAGGACUACAAGUGCAAGUGCUACGAGGGCUACACCGGCAAGAAUUGUCAGAUCGACGUUAACGAGUGCGAGAGCUCGCCCUGCCAAUUCAACGGCACUUGCCUCGAGAGGUCCAACGAGAACCUCUACAAUGAGGACGUCACGAACAAGCCAGCGAUCUUCAUGCAAGAGUUCAGCUACGCCAACGCCAGCGGGUACGAGUGCAUUUGCGUGCAGGGCGUGACGGGCAAGAACUGCGAGACGAACAUCAACGAGUGCGAGAGCAAUCCGUGCUUCGAGGGCGUGUGCAUGGACCGCAUCGGGGGCUACACCUGCGAGUGCGACGAGGGCUUCGAGGGCGACAAGUGCGAGAUCGACAUCGACGAGUGUAAGCGUCACGCCCCCUGCGAGCACGGGAUCUGCUACGACCGACGGGCCGACUACGUCUGCAGCUGCGAGGCCCUAUACGGAGGGAAGAACUGCUCGGUGCCGCUCAUCGGCUGCCAGGGCAACGCCUGCAUGAACAACGGCACAUGCUGGCCGUACCUCGUCGACGAGACCGAGCACAAGUUCAAUUGCACCUGUCCCAACGGCUUCCACGGGGAGAUAUGCAAUCACGUAACGACGAUGUCGCUGAGCGGCAGUUCCCUGGUGACGGUGAACACGAGCCGCGAAGAGGGCUACGACAUUCAGUUUCGAUUUCGCACGACAUUACCGAAUGGACUGCUGGCGAUGGGCAAGGGUCCAACCUACUACAUGCUCGAGCUCGUGGGCGGCAAGCUCAACCUCCACUCGAGCCUCCUCAACAAGUGGAACGGCGUCUUCAUCGGCAGCGGCUUGAACGACUCCAGCUGGCAGAAGGUCUUCGUAGCGAUCAACGCCACGCACCUUGUGCUGUCCGCCAACGAGGAGCAAACCAUAUAUCCGAUCAAUUUGAACGAGGGUGCCAACGCAACCUACACCUCCUUCUCGACGACCUACAUCGGCAGCACCGUCAGCUAUCUCAGGAAGCUCCCACACGGGCCGCCAUUCUUCGUUGGCUGCACCGAGGAUCUCAUCAUUAACGGCGAAUGGAUUUACUCGGGCGCAUCGUCGAAGCACGUGGAAAUGCAAAACGUGGAGUCCGGUUGCCCGCGCGAGGCGCAGUGCUCGCCGAACCCCUGCAAUAACAACGGCCACUGCACCGACCGCUGGCGCGACUUCUCCUGCAAGUGCGAGCGACCCUACCUCGGCUACACCUGCCAAUACAAUAUGACCGCGGCGACCUUCGGCUACGAGAACAUCACCAAUGGCUACGUGAGCGUGAGGGUAACAGACACGGCGCGUCGGGCCGUACGCUCGAUCGUCGAUAUCUCCAUGUUCAUACGUACGCGGGAGGAGCGCGGCGACAUUUUUUACCUGGGUAGCGAGCCCAGCCUAGCAUCCGCCGAUGCUAAAGAGAAGACGUACAUCGCGGCGCAGCUCGAGGGCGGCGAGCUUCUCGUGCGCAUCCAGUUCAACGGCACCGAGGCCUACACCGUAGGCGGCGUCAAGCUCAACGACGGCAACAAUCAUCUCAUACAGGUCAUCCGCAACGUCACCCUCGUGCAGGUGAAGAUCAACGGUACCGAGUACUUCAGGAAGACGAUCAGCGCGAGCGGGCAACUCAACGUCACCGUCCUCUAUCUCGGUGGCCUGCCUCAGGUGUCGAGGUACAUCAGACAGGUUGACAGCAGGCUCAUGGAGGUCACGCACGUACCCCAAAUCAACUUCAAGGGCAUCAUCCAGGACGUUCAGAUAUCGAACGGCGUCGACACCAUGGUCGUCGAGUUUUAUCCCCUAAAGGCCAAAGGCAUUCUCGCUCUCGUCCAAUUCGGUAAGGUUAGCUUCGAUCCAGAGAAAGUCCUCGAGGGCGUUGUCUCGGACAACGUGUGCUCGUCGAAUCCGUGCUUCCACAAUGGCACCUGCCACGUGACGUGGAAUGACUUUUGGUGCCAGUGCCCACGUGGCUACACGGGCAAGACCUGCCAGGAGAUGGAGUUCUGCCAACUCCAAGACUGCCCGACCGGCUCCAAAUGCCAAAACCUGGACGAUGGCUACGAGUGUGUGGCGAACGCGACAUUUGACGGCAUCACUACCUCGUUCACCUACGCGUACAGCCACCCGGACACGAUGAAUCUCACCGAUUCGGCAGUCGACCGAGUGAGGAUUACUUACAGGUCGAACAGCGGUGGUACCCUCAUGCACAUGGCCCCCAGGUCCGGCAACUCGUACUUCACCGUCUCCGUAUUCGAGGACAAGAUCACAGUUGCGUGGAAAUUCGGCUAUGAGAACAGCGGGCUUCUGACGUUUGGCAAGCCGGAACCGGACGGCAACUGGACAACUAUAAUCCUCAAGCUUAGCAAUAAUUCGAUCGAGUGCGGCUUCGAGGACACGAGCGACGACGCCAUACCCCAGAGCAGCCCUAACUUCAGCUUCGCCGAUUGGUACGAGCUCCUCAUCACGGGCAGUAUCACCCUCGGCGGUCUCGGCAAUCCGCUUUCUGACAGGCACACCUACAUGACCAUCGGCACCGAGAGGCACAUCGAGAGCAGGGACGCCGUCUCUGGGAACUCGGUGGAAUUUACCGACCGGAAGCUAACCACCGCUAUGCCGCCACACAGUAUGCUGUCCGGCGAAGCGUUCAAGGGUUGCCUGGGUGAGGUGCGGAUCGGCAGUAUGCUCCUGCACUACUUCACCUACGAGGAAGUUUAUCAAAAUGCAAAUUUCACGCCCUUGGAGUUCUUGUCGCUGCAGCAGGACAACGCUUCGAGCCACGACAACAUCGGUUGCCGGCUCUGCUUCGACAGGAACUGCAAGAACAACGGACACUGCCUCGACCAAUUCAGCAGUUACGUCUGCGAGUGCCCGCCAGGUUACGCCGAGGACGACUGCUCGGUCGACAUUGACGAGUGCGAGGACAAUAAGUGCGAAAACAACUCGACCUGCAUCGACGGCAUCGCCAAUUACACGUGCGCCUGCAAGACCGGCUGGCAAGGAUGGCUGUGCGAGGAGGACGCGAACGAGUGCGUGAGCGUCAGGCCCUGCCAACACGACGGGGUCUGCGUCAAUCUCCCGGGCUCGUUCCACUGCGAGUGCCCGGACCAGUACACCGGCGAGCUCUGCGAGCACUUCCGACUCAUCACCUGUGCCGACGAGCCCUGCGGCAACGGCUCCACCUGCGAGGAUCUCGCCAAUCCCAAGACCGGCGACAACUUUACCUGCAGCUGCAUGCCCGGCUACGAGGGAAACCUCUGCGACACCCCGUACUGCAUGCUAAAGGGCUGCCAAAACGACGGCAAGUGCGUCUUCCUCUAUCAGACGCCCCAGUGCUCGUGUCCCCUGGGCUUCACGGGCCUCUACUGCGAGACCAACAUCGACGACUGCGCGGCGGACCUCGAGGGCAACGUACCCUGCAAAAACGAGGGCAAGUGCCACGACGAGGUCAACAACUUUACGUGCGACUGCACGGCCACGGGCUACACGGGCACCGACUGCACCUACGACAUUAACGAGUGCCUCAAGCCGCUGAUCGACUGCGGCUUCGGCAAGUGCGACAACCUGCCGGGUAGCUACCGCUGCCUCUGCGAACCCGGAUACUGUGGCUACAACUGCAAGAUGGAGGAUCCCUGCAAGGACAACGACUACUGCAAGAACGGCGGCACUUGCGAGUGCGUCGAGGACAAGGGCUACACCUGCCAUUGCCCGCCUGACUAUACCGGGCAGAACUGCACCGAGUCGGAGCACUUUCUGGGAAGUCAGGCACUGGACAUCGCGGUGAUCGUCGGGCCCAUCGUCGGCAUCCUCUUCCUCGUAGCCGCUGGCUCGCUGAUAGCCCUCUUCAUGAUGGCGCGGAAGAAACGAGCGACCCGCGGCACCUACAGCCCCUCCGCACAAGAAUUCAGCAAUCCCAGGGUAGAGAUGGACAACGUGAUGAAACCACCGCCGGAGGAGAGACUCAUUUAAUAGACUCUAUCGUCAAUUUGUAUCCUAGUCCCGUCCAAGAUUAUCGAUUGAAGGGGCGAGAGCGAGUGCGAGAGUAUCGCGCGACCCACAUAACCAGACGACGACCGAUCGGAC